GUACCUGGCAAAGCUGUCUUCAGUGGGGAGCAUCUCCGAGGAGGAGACCUGCGAGAAGCUGAAGGGCUUGAUCCAGCGCCAGGUGCAGAUGUGCAAGAGGAACCUGGAGGUGAUGGACUCGGUGCGGCGCGGAGCCCAGCUGGCCAUCGAGGAGUGCCAGUACCAGUUCCGCAACCGCCGCUGGAACUGCUCCACGCUGGACACCCUGCCCGUCUUCGGCAAGGUGGUAACGCAAGGAUCUGCGCUCCGCAAAGCUGUGGCUGCAGCGGGAUGCUGGAUUUAUUCGGUCUCCUCUCCGGGCAGCGCCGAAGCGGUGAGGGCUGCCCGACUGGCGCGUGGCUCUCGAGUGGAGCCGUCUGUGGAUGAGGCCGUGGGAGGACAGCCCUCUGCCGCCGGAUGCGAGUAG